UUGCGGUUUAUGUAGUCCAGGCAAGGAACCUACCAAGUUCACAGUACUUGUGUGAUUUGUGAAGCAGCUAAUCGUCAUCACCUGUUUGAAGAAUAGCCAUGCCGGCAGGGAGCGAUCUUCGCAUGGCGACUGGCAACGGAGAGAACAGCUACGCCGCCAACUCCAGGCUCCAAGAGAAGGCCAUACUGGAGACGAGGCCGGUGCUCCGGAAGGCGGUCGAAGAGUUGUACACGUCGCUCCCUCCCCGGAGUACCAUGGUUGUGGCUGACCUCGGCUGCUCCUCGGGUCCAAACACUCUGCUAGUCGUCUCCGAGGUGAUGGGCGCGAUCCGGGCCUAUACUGAUAAUAAGAACAAGUGGGAAGAAGAAGAAGAAGCACAGCGUGCCAUUGAGCUUCAGUUCUUCCUGAAUGACCUGCCGGGCAACGACUUCAACCUCGUAUUCCGGUCUCUGGAACACUUUGAGAACCUGGGGGUGAGGCUGGGAGAGAAAGAGAUGCCACCUUACUAUGUGGCAGGCCUGCCGGGUUCCUACUACAGGAAGCUUUUCCCUUGCGGAAGCGUCCAUCUCUUCCACUCCUCCUACUCCCUCAUGUGGCGCUCUAAGGUCCCCGAGGAGAUCUCAAGUGGCACUCAUCUCAAUGAAGGCAACAUCUAUAUUGGAGAAACCUCUCCACCGGCUGUGAUUGAGCUGUUCCAAGAACAAUUCCAAAAGGACUUUGAGUUGUUCCUUGCAUUGCGUUCCGAAGAACUUGUCAGUGGAGGCCGAGUGUUACUAACAUUUCUAGGCCGAAAGAGUGAAGAGAUGAUGAUGCAUGGGGAUGUUAGCACCUUGUUUGAAUUGGUUGCCAAAUCCCUACGGUCUCUUGUCCUAAAGGGCCGUGUUGAGAAGGAGAAGCUGGAUUCAUUCAACCUGCCGUACUACACCCCAUCAGUGAAAGAAGUGAAGGCGUUAAUCAACGAGAAUAAACUCUUCAACAUUGAGGACAUCAGACUCUUUGAAUCCAACUGGGAUCCUCAAGAUGACUCAGAGGGAGACGUGGUCCUUGACUGUGCCCGGAGCGGGGCAAAUGUCGCCAAGUGCAUAAGGGCAGUGUUGGAGCCGAUGAUCAUAGACCACUUUGGCGAGGACAUCGUCGAUGAGCUGUUCAUGUUGUAUGCCUCCAUUGUUGCAAAGCAUAUGAAGAAAGCGAAGGCCAAGUACCCUAUUAUCCUGGUCUCGUUGAAGAAGGCAACCGGCCGCAUGGUUUAAUAUUGGUGAUAUGGGUGGCACUAUAAAUGGGAGCGUGUGACAUGCACCUAUAUGUAUGGGAAAAAAUAAUCUCUAUCGUCUGUGCUCUAUAAUGAAAAUGACGAAGAUUUUAUGACGGUGGAUAAAAAAUCAGUCCCCGAAUUCGCGCGUGUAUUGUAUUUCAUCUCUUUGACCAAGCAAAUUAAGAGCAUGUUUCAAAGUAAAAUGGCAUA